ACAGUGACACCUGUUUGUGGUGUUUUCGGAGCACAUCUGUACAUUUUCACCUGGCCAAAGUUGUACGUAAAGCCGAGACCACGCUUCAGUAGAGCAUACGAGCAGUCUGGCCUGCCGACUCACCACGUUUCUUCUGCCCUGUUGGUUUGUGAGUUUGUCUUGAGGCUGAACGCACUCUGUGAAGUCGAAAGAUGGGUCCACGGUGUGCUAUUCUGUUGCUGUUUCUCUGCGGCCUUACCAGAGGACAAGAGUCUCUGUGGUCCAAUGGCGUCUGGGAAUACGUCAAGGUGCAGGCCACGGGACCCAUGACGUCGACCAACGUGAAGACCACGUGCGAGGGAGCGGGGUUCGCCACGCCGUGCCCCGGGGACGGCUCGUGUGACUACUCCUCUUCCGACUGCGUCCAGACGGGGCUCACCGGCUGUAUCCACCCGAUGGACGACAUCUCCCAGGCCCUGUGCAGCAACAACCCGCGCUACUGCCCGCAGCUGGAGGGGGUGUACACCUACAUGGCCGGCUGGGAGGACGGCGCCGCCUGCGGGGCGGAGAGAGGCAGCUGGUGUACCGUAGGGACCGGCUACAGCGACCGCUUCGCACUCUGCGCUAGAGAUCUGUCUGACCAGUGUGCGGAGGCUCCAUGUCAGAACGGCGGCACCUGCACGGACACGGGAGGCAGCUACACCUGCGACUGUUGGGCCGCCUGGACCGGGGACAACUGCGAAACAGAUGUGGAUGAAUGUCUGCAGACCCCCUGUCAGAACGAGGGCACCUGCACCAACACAGCUGGGAGCUACAGCUGCAGCUGCACGGACGGCUGGACUGGGCAGAACUGCGGUGAUGAUGUGGACGAGUGUGCGAACAGUCCUUGUGCGAACGGCGGCGUGUGUGCGAACACCCCCGGGAGUUACACCUGCACCUGUUCGGGAAGUGCCAUCGGCCAGAACUGCGAAACAAUCCUGAACGACGUCAGCUGUUACCGCUUGUCUACGGACGCGAAGACCUUCUUAGACGCGGACGGAUAUUGUAAGACUCUGGGCGGGUACCUGACUAAAGUCACCGGCCUGACGGAGCAGUCGUACCUGGGGCAGCUGAUCCAGCAGGGAACCGCCGUCUCCCACUGGAUCGGACUGAAGGGCACGGGGACAACUUUCGAGUAUGCGGACGCUUCCCCCAUCAGUGGGGCUUUGCGGUGGAUGCCGGGGAAGCCGGAGAGCCUGUGUGUGAAGUUAGAUGAGAACGGGAACUACGACCUGAACGCGGACUUCUGCAGCGGACUGUACAACUACAUCUGUGAAUCUGACGUGACCGACUGCUCUACGAACGAGUGUCAGAACGGAGGGGGCUGUACCACGUGUUUCGGCGGCGGAGUGGGCUCCGGACACAUGUUCUGCGAGUGCGCAGCGGGAUAUACCGGAGACCUCUGUGAAACCGAUAUUGACGAGUGCGACUCGGCUCCCUGUCAGAACGGAGGCACCUGCACGGACGGAGUCGACUCCUACACCUGCUCAUGUCCCAAUGGGUUCGACGGAGACAACUGUGAAAUCGAUGUGGACCUGUGCAACCCCCAUCCCUGCCCUGCCAACUGGCGCUGUGACGACUUCACCUACUACUUCACGUGUACAAGUCCCGGCCGUUCCCUGGGCGAACCAGUACACGACUGUACGGACUUGAACUGUCCUGCCGGCUUUCUGUGCCUGGAGAACGAAGGGUCCUCCUACCUCUGCAUGCCGGAGUAACAGCGCCACCUCGCGAUCGGAUGCAGUUACUACAGAGACGUCUUACAUUCUGACAUUAACUUACGUACUCGUUCUCUGUAUUUGACUGGAUAGCCGCAACAAGAGUAAAGAUUUAUGUAUGUAUGAAAUUAGUAUCAGACGCAAAAUAAAUGAGCAUAUCAGAACAAAUU